CUGUUUUUUUUUAAUGUAAAAAUGUUUAAAAAAUUUUAGGUGCAAUUGAUUUGAUUGUUGUGGAGCAGCCAGAUGGGUCAUAUUUAUCUACUCCAUUUCAUGUCAGAUUUGGAAAAUAUGGUGUUCUAAAUAGUGAUGAGAAAUAUGUAGACAUAACAGUUAACGGUGAAGAAAUCGAUUUGAAAAUGAAACUUGGGGAAAAUGGUGUUGCUUUCUUUGCAGAACCAACUACAGAUGCUGAUGUUCCAGAGUAUUUGGUAACAAGUCCAGUUCCAGGAAGUGAUUCGUCUCCAGUUGAUGGGGAGGAUCUUGCCGCAAGAAUAAAAAAAAUUCAUCAAGGACUACCGCAUUCUAGACACACGAAGUCAUUAUCGGAAUGUUCCAGUUCCUAUUCCGCUUCGAUUUCACGUGAGCCUUCUUGUGAGCUAGACUCUCAACACAGAAAGUCGCUUCCUUUUAAAGCAUCGCUAUUCAGUCAGCGAAGUAAGCGGUCUUUACCAAAUCUUACGGAACUUAUUGAAGAUCAUGGCCAAAGGAAUAAUAGGAAAAAUGCAAAUAAUACAAAGUUGGACACAAAUUCUCAUUCAGUUGCUAUGCGACGUAGCUUAUCCCCUCCAAAUCCUACUUUUCGCAUGAGAAAUUCGAAUGCGUUCAUGAAAUCAAGAAGAAAAUUAUCAAGUUCUACAAAUGAGGAAAGUGAUGUUGAUGAGGCGGGCUCAGCCGUUUCUGUCAGUAGUGCGUCAUCAGAUCAAGAUCAUUUGAAAAUUCCUGGGAUUGUAAUGACAGAUGGCGCACUUUCAGAUUCUGAACUUGAUUUACAUCGGGACACUACACAGCCACACAAAAGUGAUGUAGUAAUGUGGAAAUGGGGGGAAUUACCUAAAACGCGGGAAGAGACCGAAAAAGCAAAGACGAAGCAGGAAAGUGAUUUGAAAGCUGAAGAAAAUAAAGCAGCCUCUACUUGGGGUGGUUGGUUCCCUUGGUCACGUUCCAAGCCUUCUAAAGAUCAUGACCAAGGAGUUUAUUUGGAUGAUCUUGUGCGAGCUGUCAAUGAUCCGAGUAAAAUUGAAAAAUAUCUAAGAAUGUCACCUCCUACUGCAUGUUCUUCACCACCUUAUGACAGUGGAAAUGGCUCAGUAACAGGUUCAAACUUUCCGUCAAAAACAAUUGAUAUUGCAAGGGAAGGCAACAACGAACAACAGAUGCAGCCAACUUCACUAACUGAAAAUCAGAGCAAGGAAAGUGAAAAUAAACAAUGCUCAAAUACCAAAAAUUUUGUUCCCCAUUCUACUGGACAUGAAUCCACAUCUGAAAAUCAUGAAGCGAAUGAUCGGAAAACAGUGCGCAGUAUAACACCUUCUAGCGAUAUUUUUUUGAUGAGUGAUGAAGAAGCAGAUAAUGCCGAACCUUGCCAACGAAAUGCAUCUACCGGUGGAAUCUCAAAAUCUGCGGGUGUAGUUUCAGAAUCUACGGGUGGAGUCUCAAAAUAUAUUCGUUCUCUAAGGCUCUCUAGUAAUAAACUGAAAAAAUUGGGAUUGCGUUUGGGAGCUAAUGAAGCUCGGUUUUCAAUUACUACUAAAUUUCAGGGGACCACAUGGUGCAGCUGCCAUAUUUAUUUGUAUAAAUGGACGGAACGUUUAGUCAUCUCGGAUAUAGAUGGAACUAUCACCAAAAGUGAUGUUUUAGGGCAUGUUAUACCAGCUAUUGGAGGGCAGUGGGCCCAUGCAGGAGUUGCUGAACUUUAUACUAGGAUCAAGGAAAACGGCUACCAGUUAGUUUAUUUAUCAUCUCGAGCUAUUGGGCAAAGUUAUUCUACAAAAAAAUACCUGCAAAGUAUUGCGCAGAACGCGAAGUUCUUACCUGAUGGCCCACUUCUGCUUUCACCUACAUCCGUUCUUAUGGCUUUUAGAAGAGAAGUCAUCGAUCGCAAGCCAGAAGAAUUCAAGAUAGCAGCUUUAACAGAUUUAAAAGAAUGUUUUCCGGUGAAACGACCGUUCUACGCUGGGUUUGGAAAUCGCGAAACAGAUGUGGUAAGCUAUCGAGCAGUGGACAUACCACCGGACAGAAUAUUAAUCAUUGAUAAGCAGGGUCGUGUUAGACGUGCUGAUUCAAUUGGAUAUGAAACAUCAUUCAUGUCGCUAGCAACAGAAACCGUGGAUUACAUUUUUCCUCCUUUGACUCGUCGAAAAAAUACCUCAGGGGAACAAAAGAAAAAUUCAUCGUACUUGGCUCCGUCAUUUUUCAAAUCUCACGGAUAUAGUGACUUUACCUAUUGGCAGACAAAGGCAGGUUCUGUUGCUUAUCUAGAUGAUAAGACCUUAGAGAAUUACGAGGGCAAACGAACAAAUUCACGUGGAAAACGGAAGAAAAAAUAA